CCGUAUUUCGAGAUCGUGGACACGACCCCGGGACACGACGCGUCGACGGUGGAUAUUUUUCUGAUCAUUAAAACUUCAUUUAUUUUAAGUGUUAUAGCGGGGAUUGUGCAUCUAUAGGAUAUUUUCCGAUUUUUACCCGUACGGUAUUUCAGAAAGAUUACCUCUGAUUACGUCAGACCUCGGGGCUCAGGCACAGGCAGAUACGGUAGAUAUGGCUGUGGAAAGCAGAAGCGGAUUGUCGGUCGACAGAUCACGGGGACCACAGGGAGAGCUCCAGGAAGGCUCGAUGGGUGUAUUUCUAAAUGCUGGCGACAGGGGUGCCGUGCUAGCGGAAGAUGAAGCAAACGAGAUAGAUGACGGAGAUGAUGAUGUUUUUAUAAGUGAAGAUGUUAUCUCCCAAAAACUUAAUGAGAAGGAAAUUUCAUGUGGUUGGUGUGGCAAAAGUGCUAAUUGUUUGAAGAUUUGCAGCACAAUCAAGGGCUAUCUCUUGGCCUUUUCACUCACAGGGCUCUUCCAUUACCUUGUCCCUUUUGGACUCCUCUUUGCUGUCCUCACUACACUAGAGAAACGCUUCCAUUUUUCUAGCAAAGAGAGUGGUAGCAUUGCCAGUGCCUACCAGUUCUCUGCAAUGUUCUUUACAGUCUUUGUGGGAUAUAUCGGAGAAAAGGGAAACAAACCAGUCUGGGUUGGAGUAGGAACCUUAGCAUUGGCCGUAGGGUCUGUCCUGUUCUCUCUGCCUCAUUUCAUAUCAGAUCCAUAUCAUGUGAUACCAUUCAACCAAUCAGAAGAGGACAGUCUUGUGUGCCCAGGUGUUGACAACUCAUCCAUGCUUCAGGAGAAAUGCGGUUUGACUGAAGGUGUAGAAGAAGCAAGUGAUAACUUCAUUGGAUUAUUCAUAUUUUCAAUGGUUUUGAUUGGUUUUGCUGGGUCUCCAGUCUUUACUCUUGGUGUAACUUACCUGGAUGAGAAUCUAAAGCCAAAAGACUUUGGACUUUUCCUUGGUAUUUACACUGCUUUCCUGAAUGUUGGUCCAGCCUUAGGCUUCUUUGUAGGGGCAUUAACAUUAUCAAUCUUCACAGAUAUAAAACUUGAUGAACACAGUGUAUCAUUAACCUCUGACCAUCCUCUAUGGGUAGGAGCUUGGUGGUUGGGCUUUCUUAUAGCUGCAGCCAUUGUGACUGUCUUAGCAUUGAUCAUCAUGGGAUUCCCAAAGAGACAACCAGGGAGUGAAAAAAUAGCAGAAAGACGUCCAUCUGAAGCUCAGAAAGGAAGUGAAUUCAAAUCCCAGGAGGGAUUUUUUGAGAAGGUACUUGAUUUCCCAAGGGCACUAUGGAAGAUCAUCACCAACCCUCCAUUUAUGAGCAUCUGCUUCGCCAUGGCAACAGAGUGGUUUAUCAUAACGGGUGUGGCAGUCUUUGUACCAAAGUUCUUUGAAGCACAAUUAAACAUGUCUUCCAGUCAAGUUGCAAGUAUACUAGGUGUUUUAUCAAUCACUGCUCAGUUACUUGGUUCCUUAGGUAGUGGAAUAGUCAUUAACAGACUGGAUCUGAAGUUUAGAGGCCUUAUCAAGCUAUGUGUUAUUUCUGUGUUGAUAUCAUUAUUAGCAUCACUUGCAUUCAUUAUGCACUGUCCUAUGGUGCCGUUCGCAGGUGUAACUGAUUCCAAAGAAAGUACUAAGUCAGUGACUGAAGCUGAGAGCAUGUUCCUACUGCCCUGUAAUACCCAUUGUGAUUGCCAUUCUAAGUCUUUUGAACCUGUAUGUGGCAGUGAUGACAUCAUGUACUAUUCACCAUGCUAUGCAGGAUGCAUCCGUAAAGACACAUUUGAUGAAGAAGUGGUAUUCCGGAACUGCCAAUGUAUCAGUACUAACAUGCUCCAUGCUGCAUCAUCUCAAAUACCUGUCGGAAGUGAGAAUAUCACAGUAACCAUUGAAUCAUCAACUCCUCAAGACUCCCCUGAGGAAGACUAUGCUGUCCCAGGACGAUGUAGAACAACAUGUCCUUACACGUGGCCCUACUUUGUUCUAUUAUGGCUGUUCUUCUUCAUAAAUGCCUUUGCUACUGUUCCUGCCUGGGCUAGCAGUAUAAGAUGUGUGUCGCAUUCGCAAAGAGCCUUUGGUCUUGGGGUGCAGACUGUCAUAUAUGGCCUCGGAAGCGCCCCAGCACCGAUCGUCUUUGGUUUGUUCAUUGACAAGUCUUGCCUGGUGUGGGAGUCUCUAUGUGAAGGAUCUCAGAUAUGCUGGCUCUAUGACAACCGUACCUUGGCUUUCACCAUGCUAGGAUUGUGUCUAUGUGGAAAGAUCCUGUCUUUCAUCUUCUUUGGUUUAGCCCAUGUCUUCUAUCGACCUUACUUGGACAUCAAGGAGGAUGAGGGAAUAGAAGAGGAACAAGAUGAAGUAUAAUGGUCAUUGUCUAUAAAUGGGUGAAUCAAGAUGGAUGAAAUACCUACCAGUUUGGGUCCCUGUAUCAUAACUGAUACACUCAGUCAUACAAGUAAGCAUAACAAAAUAAGUCUUGGGCAAAUGCAGGAAUUACAAUUGAUUGUAAGUAUUAAGGGUAUCUUUAUGUUACACAUGCUUUUUUAAGUCUUUCUAUACUCCCGUGGAGGACACAUCUGGGAGGAUUAUCAUACAGUUACACUUGGACUUAAAUUUUUUUUUUUUUUGCAGAAUUUUGAGAUGUCCGAGUAUUGAGAUCAUACUCAGGAUGGGUAUUAUUGAGUAAUUCAUUAAUGAGACUGAGCAUUAAAGUACUGUUGAUACAUGUUUGUCUUACCAAACUCUGUGACCAUGUCUUUCCAUCGAUCAAUGUAGAGGUUCGGAAUAAUGAGAGCAAACAUAGACCUUAUGGGGCUUUCCAUACUAAACAAAGCCCUAAGAAGCUUUCUAUAGGUCCUCUUCAGAUGGUCUUAGUAUUUUUACAUUUUAUAUACCCCUUUGUCUUUCUUGCCUUUUCUUUCUUGUUCACCAGCAAUACAAUAUCACAAAGAUAUUUUAAACAGUGGUAUAUUACAAAUAUGUUCAUUUUGAAUAGGUUAAAAAAAAGUUGUAUGCAAAUAUCCAAAUUAUUUACCAAUUCUAUCUCUCUCUCUCUCUCUCUCUCUCUCUCUCUCUGAUAUACCUUUGUGUGCCACUGUGGAAAGUUGUAUACUUAA